CCGAUGAUGGCCUCCGAAUGAACUGUUGUUAACAUUCACUGCCACUACUCCCUCGCCCCCGGCUCUCUCCUCUUCGCCUCUUCAUCUCAACAAUGCCCUUCUCCGUUAGCUGAAAGCGCAAUCUUUCGUAACGCACACGAAAACAUAAUCUUUCUCUUUCUCACGAGAAGAGAUUCGUGGAGGGAAUUGAAUUGCGGAUUCAUUUUCUGCGAUAAUUGCUUUUGAAUUUGAAUAUAUUCGAGCUCAAUUUCAGAUCUGGAGCUGUUAGUUUUGCUUUUGAAGGGAGCUGAUGGUGCAUUUGGUCUGUCAAAGCUUGUUUCUGGUCCUUUUGGAUGAGAAGUUAGGGUUUAAAAGCUGGAUAUGGUGUGAUUUUGCCUGUUUGCGUGGUUGUAGAGUUUAAGGUUUGGUGAGGAAUCGAAGUUUUAGGGCGCAGGAACCUUGAAUGCAGCCGUCAGUGAAUCAAAGGCGACAGCUGGGAGUCUGAGGGUGUCGAUAAUGAUGAAGGAUAAGGAAGAGGAGCUCGCAUUGUUUCUUGAGAUGCGAAAACGCGAGAAGGAAAGGAAUACUCUUCUCCUUCAGAACUCGCCAGAGUUUGAUUCUCGUGUUGCAUCAAAACUGUGCACGUCUCCAAUGUUUUCUAUUACAUCAUCUGCAGAAGCUCAGAAGACUAUUGUUGAUGAUUUCCUGAAUUCUGAGAAUGAUAAAAAUGAUUAUGACUGGCUUGUAACUCCUCCUAGUACACCAACUUUCCCUUCUUUAGAGAUUGAAUCAGAAAAGACAGUUACGAGUAGAAUUGGAUCUCCUAAAGCUCGGCCUACUGCACUAAAAUCUAGGCUGGCAAAUUGCCAACCUGAGCCUGCUGCCAGGAGCAACUUAGCAUCUAGACAGUCAUCUUCUUCUCUUGGGUUAAAUCCUUCAAGUGCAGCUGUUUGCAGACCAUCAUCAUCAGGGGGUCUGGGAUCAAGACCUGCAACACCAAUUGGACGCUCCACAAUGACUUUGGCAUCAAAACCCACAAUCAACACUGCGUCUAAGUCUAUGACCACGGCAUCAAAAUCCAUGUUGACCACAGUUUCUAAGCCCACCUCAGCCAACAUGUCUAAACUGUCGAGGUCUUCUACACCUACAUCUCGGACUACGCUGCCUUCAAGUCAGCCCAAAGUUCCUGCAAGAUCCUCUCCGUCUUUGUUAAGGACUACUGCUAGACCUUCAACUUCGACAGGUAGAUCCACAUUACCUGCAUCUAAGACCACUUCAAGGACAGCAAUACCAACUCAUGCAGCAGGCAAUCUGUCCGCAGCAACUAAUCCAGGAAAGUCUACUUCCUCAGUUACAAAGUCAGGUUCCACAACAGUUACAAAUCCAGUGCCACUGCGUGCUAGUUCUCCAACAGUGAGGCCAAGACCAUGGAACCCAUCAGAGAUGCCUGGCUUCUCCCUUGAUGCACCACCAAAUUUGAGGACUUGUCUUCCUGACAGGCCGCUUUCAGCUGCUAGGGGCAGGCCUGGAAAACCCACUGCCCGUUCUUCUUCUGUUGAGCCUGCUGUUCAUGGAAGGGUCAGACGGCAGUCAUGUUCUCCCUCACAGAGUCGACCCCCUAAUGGGAUUAUUCGCAGCAGUGGAAGCUCUCUUCCUGCAGUCAAUCGUUCAUACGCCAAAGCUAAAGACAAUGUGAGCCCUGUUUUAGUCGGAACUAAGACAGUGGAAAGAGUAGUAAAUAUGAGGAAACUGGUGUCACCGAGACAAGAUGGCAAACAUUCUCCACACAGUAACUUAUCUGGGAAAUCUUCAUCCCCCGACAGCUUGGGCUUUGGAAGAACACUUUCAAAGAAAUCUCUAGAUAUGGCCAUAAGGCAUAUGGAUGUAAGGCAGCGGGUUCGUGGUAAUUUACGGCCGUCGAUGACAAACAGACCAGCAUCCUCUAUGUACAGUGUGAGAUCAGCGCCAACACCCAAGAGGACAGUUAGUGUUUCGGACUCCCUUCUUCUUACAAGCAGCGGUAAUACCAGUUCUGAAGCGAGUGUCAACAACAACGGCCUGUGUGUAGAUGGAAGUGAACUGGAAGACGAUGUUAACAGCUAUAAAGGCGGCCAAUCGUCUGCUACUGUUCAGGAUAGGUGACUAUUCCUAUGAUAUUAGCUACUUUUCUUGUCCAUUAAUUGGUAGUUGUAGUUGAAUCCCCGUCAGUCAUAGGUGAAUUUUGAAAAUACAAUCGGAUUAUAUGAAGCAUAUAGAGUUAUAAUGGAA